UCCACGGAUUCUUCGUGUGCCUCCUUUGACUACCUUAGCUCAGAUGGUGAAUGGAAGUUACAAGACUGUGAAUUUCCGAAAACUUACAUUUGUAAGAAGGUUCAAGAAGCAAGACCAAUUAACCCAUCCAAUAAGGGAUGUAAUGCGGGUGAUGAGGUAUACAGAGGGUCGUGCUAUAAUUUCGCUGACGUGCAACACACGUGGAGUGACGCUGAGGCUGACUGUGAGUCCCGCGGGGCUCAUCUCAUGGUGCUCAACGACAGGUUCGAGAAUUCGUAUACAUCAGCAUUCUUAGGAGACCUGGGCAGCUGGGUAUGGAUUGGUCUUUCUGGCAAGACUGAAGCUAGUGGCUCCGUUUCCUUCUCCUGGGUCAACGGUGAUACUGCUGAGUUCACCAACUGGGACGAAUAUGAACCCGAUCCUGAUCAUGGGACGUGUGUGGCAAGUUCUGGCAAGAAGACAAACCUUGGUUUCUGGACGGUGAGAAACUGUGAUGACGAGUAUAGAUACAUCUGUGAAUACGACCGUAGUGGGUACACUACGCCCACUCCCCCAACAACCAUGCCUCCCACGUACUUCUGCGCUGAUGGCUGGACUCGCCGUGGUGAGAGCUGCUAUCAGGUGUAUCCUCAAGCAUCAAGUUGGGGUGAUGGGGAGAAGUACUGUGCUGCCUUUAGUGGACACCUGACAAGUAUUGGCUCUGACGCUGAGGAAGCCAUCAUAAAACUACUGCCGGGAAUGACGGAUAUCAAAGCAACUUAUAAUUCUGUAUGGGUGGGUCUCAAGCUGGGAUCUGAUUCAGGGUAUGAAUGGAUUGAUGGGACACCAAAUGACUUUGUGAACUGGGCAGAGGGUCAGCCAGACAGUUAUCAAGGGAAGGAGAGUUGCGGGUCAGCCGACAUCUCUAACCUCAAACUCUCCGACGACGUGUGUGAUGCCUAUCUUCCAUUUAUCUGUGAGGCAGCUGUAGGAACGAUGGUAACAACAAUGGCGCCGCCAACCAGAGGCCCCGAUGUCAUGUGUGACGAUGAUCCUUCUUGGUACUUAUAUGAAGGUUACUGCUACAAGUUCGUAUCUCUUGCUGAUGAAGAUACUCAGAGCUGGUGGGAGUCUCAUAGGCUCUGCAGAGAUAUAGGUGGAGAACUGGUGUCCAUCCACACCUACGAUGUGAACUACUGGAUUGAAUCAAAGAUUAACAGUCUCUCUGAUAGUAUAUUAUGGAUUGGAGGUCGGGCGAAGUUGGACUCUGGAUAUGAAUGGACUGAUAGAUCUGCCUUCGACUAUGACAACUGGGCUAAGGGAGAACCAAACAAUGAUUUUGCCCAAGAGGACUGCAUCGGGAUGUACAAUCAUCAGCAAGGAUACUGGAAUGACGAGAAUUGUGGUCUCACGCAUGGUCGUAUAUGUAGGCGCUUGUAUGGUCAAACUUUACCCCCACCAGAGACUACUAAAAUUCCUGCCGGUGAAUGUAUAGAAAGUUGGCUCCAUACAGGUAGUAAAUGCAUUAAGUCCUUCAAGCAGAAGCAAAACUUGACGCUUGCCCGAGCCACUUGUAAGGGGUUAGGUCAUAAUGUUGACUUGGUCAGCAUCCAUUCUUCUGGAGAACAAGCAUAUCUGACAGCCCUUCUUGGUGCUAUGCAAGAGGAUUUGUGGCUGGGAAUGCAGAACAAUGGAGAGUUCGUGUGGUUAGACCAGUCCUCCGUUACUUACACCAACUGGGCACCAGGAGAACCUAACGGAGGGGAAUCAGGGGAUAUAUGUGUGGUUGCUUCCUACGCAACAGGCCAGUGGAGCGAUGUUCAUUGUUCAAAUGUGUAUGGUUAUGUCUGCAUGACGAAGCAAGACCCGGAUCAGCAAAACCAUCACCCCCCGCCCACCUGCAACUCGCCCUUCAGCAACUACAUCGCCUACAACGGUGCAUGUUACAGGUCACACAAUAGUACCAAGUCCUGGAAGGAUGCCGAGACAGCAUGUGUCAGCGAGGGAGCUCACUUGGCUUCUGUAAAUGACCUCUCAGAAGAUGGACUGAUGUGGGUAUUGAUCCAGGAGGGUGCCAUUAGCGAUGCUUGGAUUGGACUGAAUAAUUUGCAGGACAAACAAGUGUAUAAGUGGUCUGAUGGCUGGCCAACUAUAUACACCAACUGGGACAAUGGCCAACUUAAUGUGAGUAUCACCAACAAUAAUUGUGUCAGAAUCAAGUCUGUAAAUGGCCAUUGGACUGCAGAAGAAUGUGACGACGCCAGACCAUUCAUCUGUAAAUAUAAAAAUGGCACAGUGCCCACCCCGGACCCCUCACACACUGGCCACUGCCCAAACACUGACUGGCUCGACCUCGGCGGCAGUUACUGCUACCUUAUUUAUAGCCAACCCAAGAUCUGGAGUGACGCCAAUAUGUUCUGCUUGCAAAAGGAUGCCAACCUUGUAUCCAUUCACUCAAGUGAAGAGAUGGGACUUAUCACCAUGGCAACGAAGAAUACAGAGUUACCACUGUGGAUUGGUCUUGUACAAAAGGGAGACGACUUUGGCUGGAGUGACGACAGUGGAUACAACUUCAUGUACUGGCAAGAUGGACAACCAAGUAAUAUAGAGGAACAGUGCACAGAAGCCAACCCCACCACUGGCCGCUGGAAUGAUGCGAUCUGUUCCAACCAGAGAUCUUUCAUCUGUAAAACCUUAAAAAUUCAAGAACCAACCAACCCCCCGCCGCCCACUGCCCAUACCACCACCACCAACACACCAGGUGGAGGCGGCGAUAGUGGACUAGAUGCUGGUGGAGUCGCUGGCAUUGUUGUAGCCGUGCUGUUUGUGAUGGUUGCAGUCAGCUUUGUCGGUUACAGCUAUAUCCAGAAGAGUAGAAAGCCUGCUGGGGAUGGUGCUAGUCACAGCUUCGAUAAUGUUCUAUAUUCUGGUGGUGACAUAGGUGCCGUCAAUGUAAAUGAAACUUACAACAGCUCAGAUGCUUAAUGCUCAUACUUGGUGUUGAUCCCUAUUAUUCCUCCAGUGGUUGUCCAAUCUGGCGAUUUUAGCUUCAGGAAAACUUCACACCUGUGCUGGGACAACACUCAACUUUAUCUCUUUUGGAUAUAGACGACGACUGUGACAUGGCAGGGGUGAAACUCACAUUAAAAUAAAAUAAAAUUAUCUGUCAACUAAGAAAACAGCUGAUGAUGCGCAGUCGACGAAAUAAAUGCACUUAUGAUAUUACAGACAAUAAGAAAGCGAAUUUCUAAAAUUAAAUUAAUAUGGCUGGAGGAAGCUGGCACGAAGCUUCAAGUAAAAGUCAUAUUAUUGAAUCUAACAAUGAAAUUAGCGCUGUUUAUACUAAAAUGCUAGUAAUAGUAUUAGUAGUAGGAUCUUGACACUACUUCACCUCUUAUUUUGUCAAAUCAGAUUUUCAGAAUAAUGUAACAAAAUCAUGUGUUAAUUUACAAAUGUAUUAGCUAUAACAUGUAUGGUGAUAUAAGUUAGCUGAUGUGUUUGAUUAAAGAAAACUUAUUUUAAUACCAUGUAAUUUUUUUCUGAAAAAAUCUUUUCAUAUAUUAUUUUUAUCUUGUGUUAAUUCUCUUCAGUAAUUAUGGGGGAUAAAUAAAGCCAGUGAUACAUGUAGUUUCACAAAAAUACACUAUAUUACAUGCAGCCAGACUCAUAUAUAAGAUUCUUACUUUGAUUUAUAAGGGACAUUAAUAUAAGAAAUUCAAUUUAAUGUAGAUACAUAUCUGCUGGCCUUUUGGAUAUUGUGAAGCAUACAUAACUAAUGCACAUUCAGAGACAGAAAUUUUGAUCCUCUACUGUAGAUAUCACAAGUGAAGUUAUAAGAUAUGUGAAUAUCUUAUAACUACAUUUCAAUAAAGUUGUUUUAUUAAA